GGCCAGGCCUGGUGUGCAAGUGGUAGUUGCUGUCUUCCCUUGUUGCCCUCCUGUCGCCGUCUGCUCACCGCGUUUGGCUUGACCGUCCCAAGCUCUCCCCCCUCGCCACCAAACCCUAGCAGAUCGGCGACGGCCAUGGAGAGCUGGGCGACCUGGGUGGGGGCGAGCGUCACCUCCGCCUUCUUCGCCUCCCUCGAGCGCUGCUCCUGCAUCAACCUCUCCACCCAAGACGACGACGAGGAGGAGGAGGAGGAAGCCAAGGGCCGCCCCCUCAUCCUCUCCGCCCCCGCCUCCCACCACGAGGCUGCUAACCCCGUCGGCCUUGCCCUUCCCGCCGCCGACGGCAAGGAGGACCAGGACCUGAAGCAGCCGCCCCUACCGCCCGUAUGAAUUCAAUGGCUUGCUCCCUACUGCGAUAGCUAUACCCCUCUUCUUGUUCGCCAAGUAUGGUGUCGUCAUCUCUCGCCUUCCUUCGUCACCAAAUAAAAUCGUGUGCUUUUUUCGUUGCUUGUUCUUUCCCUCUUUUUUUCUAGGGCAGCAAUCUGUCUUGUUCUGUGUCCGUGCCUGUGAAUAUCUUGUGUGACCCUGUUGUUUGAAUUGAAUGGAAUGUGUCACUAUGUUCACCAGUUGCAACUUGUGUUAAUGCUAUGAAAAAAAUUGGGGAUCAA